AGCCCCUGUUUAUUUCACUUGCUCCGCCAUAUUUCAUAAUCACACGCAAUACAUCCUAGUUUUUGAACACAUAUUUAAUGCGAAGCUUUUUAACGUAGCGAAAAUAACAUUAGGUUUUUAAAUUUGAAAACACAAAAUGGCUGAUUGGAACGAAGUCACUUACUUGAGGAAACCACAACCUAAGGGCCAGGAGCGUAGAGCUACUGGGGCUGUGAAUCGAGCCUUACAAUCUGGUGGAACAGUGGAUACCAAGAAGAAAUUUGCGGCAGCUACCAACAAACAUGUGGUCACUGACAAAAACACAGCCAAGCUUGAUCGGGAAACAGAAGAACUUCAUCAUGAUCAUAUUGAUAGAAGUGUGGCUCAGUUGAUUCAGCAAGGUCGUCAAUCAAAAGGAAUUAACCAAAAAGAUUUGGCUACAAGAAUCAAUGAAAAACAGCAAGUUGUGAAUGAUUAUGAGUCUGGUAAAGCUAUUCCCUCACAAGGUAUUCUGGCCAAGAUGGAGAAAGUACUUGAAAUUAAGCUGCGUGGAAAAGACAAAGGAAGACCGCUGGAACCAAAAGCAGCCAAGAAGUGAAGAAACGUGACCAUUGAAAUCGUACAUACUUGUAUCUAGAUUAAAACUUUUCAUAAUUUACAGUUGGAGAGAUAUUUUUAAUGUAAUUCUACAAAUUAAUUAAUUAAGCAUGGAUUAUCAGAAUAUGUGUACUCAAGUUCGGCUUCCAGGUUCAUUGUGCUAUAAUAUGGGAUGUUGGUUUUUUCAUUUUUUUCUCUCAAGAUAAACAGUGAAAUGCAAUCUUAUUGGAUACUCUACAACAACAUGUGCUAUCUUUUCCAUAUUGGAGAGGUAACUUUGUUUGGACAAGAGAAUAUCUUGUUUCCAACGGUUCUGUCUAUGAAUGAAUGUUUGCAUUAUUUGAUAAUAAAAUCUAAUGCUUUUAAAAAUUA